GAUCAAAACAGCUGUGCGGUUUCCUUAUCAGUUCAGUUUAGUUUGGACAAUUCAUGUCUUGAUGCGGAAUUUGCUGUGUUCGUUUCAUUAAAUAAUGGAUAAAAUGGUUCGAGCCGGCUUCCGAGUAGCUCUUCUCCAGCUGAAGGUUGGACUCAACAAGGCGGAAAACGUAGCGAACGCACUAGCCAAGAUUCGUACUGCCGCUCGGGAUAAUGGGGCUCGGUUGGUUGCUUUGCCGGAGUGCUUCAAUUCACCCUAUGGAACCCAGUACUUCGGCCAGUACGCAGAAGAGAUUCCCGGUGGGGACACCUGUCGUAGUUUAUCUGCGGUGGCAAAAGAACUAGGUAUCUAUCUGAUAGGUGGAACGAUUCCCGAGAAAGUUGGCUCGGAUGAUAAGGUUUACAACACCUGCACGGUGUGGUCCCCCGAGGGUGAGCUGAUGGCGAAGUACCGAAAGAUACACCUGUUCGAUAUUAACAUACCCGGAGGAAUUAAAUUUCGAGAAUCUGAUGUUCUUACUGGCGGAGAUCAGCUGGCCGUCGUUUCCGUGGAUGGGGCGAAAAUUGGUAUCGGAAUUUGUUACGAUAUUCGAUUCGAUGAGCUAGCGAGAUUGUAUCGGAAGCAGGGAUGUGACAUGUUGUUUUAUCCCGGUGCUUUCAACAUGAAAACUGGACCCCUGCACUGGGAGCUUCUGGCCCGAGCUAGAGCAACCGACACCCAGUCAUAUGUAGCGACGAUUUCUCCGGCCAGGGAUGCAUCGGCUGGAUAUGUGGCAUGGGGCCACUCGAUGGUAGUCGAUCCGUGGGCAAAGGUUGUAGCUUCAGCCGCCGAAGGUGAGGAAAUGGUUCUGGCAGAUGUCGAACUGAAAACAGUGGACGAAGUGCGUGAACAGAUUCCGAUUUAUGGUCAGAGACGAACGGAUUUGUACGAUACGAAAUUGCAGAAAAGUUGAGGUAUUAGCAUUGUUGAAAACUGAAUAAAAUUUUCU